AUGCGUACUGCAUUUUCCGACGAGGAGGUUGCUGAUUUAGUUAGGGCUAUCUUCGGUGACACACCAAGUUUCAUCUCAUUGCGCUGUUCUGUGAGCAUUCGACAUAAGCUAAAGCUGCUCCAAAAUCUAGCACCGCAAAAAAGCUUUGAAGAAAUAUUUUUAUUCCUGGUUUUGCUGAAACGUGAUCAAAUCCCAUCGCCUGCACCAAUUUCAUCCCAACUUCCCGGAAGGACAAUUCUGAGGCAGAUUAAUAAUAAUAGCAUGUCUGCCGGACAUUCAACAAGAAGUCAUGGUUAUCGGCCAAAUCCCUCGGAUGGACUUAAUACAGACGCAUCUUCAAGCCGAGAUCUCGCAUCGAGUCGCCAAACGCCAACAUCACUAUGGGGCACUCACUCAAAUGCAAGCACCCUUGACCGUGGUCUCGGCAGCCGUCGUGCUUGCCGUGCACCAUCUUUAAGCAAGGCUAGCUCAUAUGUCUCACCAGUUGAACAGGAUUUGCUAAGAGAGGCCAUUCUCACCCUCUCUGGGGCAAGCGGCUCCUUGAUUCAAUAUGAUCCCACACUCGAUGCCUUUGUGCCUGCCCCAAAUCUUACACUCUCUCCGUCCAUUCAGACGCAUAUAUUGCGUACAUCGGUGUGCGGUUGGCUCUACAAUCGUAUUAGAAGUUUUGUCGAUGGUGUCCGCGACGACCCAAACUCUGGAAAAGUUACGCUUUCCUUGGCUCUCUCGAUCGACGAACAGCUGACUGAGUACCUCCGAUUAGUUACUACGCUUGAAGCUCAAAUGAACUGCGAUUUGGAGACGGAAAAAUUUGGUACCAAUUUUAGUUCCGAAAAUUCGUCUCGGCAGUUUUCUUCGGCUGCUCCAUCGAUGCAUUCUUUAAGGGACGGUAGUCAAUCAGAAACAGGUCUAGGCAAGCAACCGCUAACGCUGGUGCAGCUGUCGCAUUGGCUUAUGGAGCCCAAAAGACGUUUAAAGAUCCUCGCCUCCCUGGCCGACGUCUGUGCGUCGUUAAAGGGUGGAGCACUCGUAUCUAAGGUCUAUGAAAUGAGCCAAAACGGUGGCCCGCAAAUUUGGACGAUGCUCACCACUAUCCUCGUUAACGUCACACGAACCAUCUUUGAAAUGAUUGCGCUGUGGAUCUAUGAUGGGCGACUUUCGGCCGACACUAACCAGGAAUUCUUUGUUACAAUCAAUCCCUCUGUGGACAAUUCGAAUUUAUGGACCGAUAAAUAUGUUCUUCGAAAAUCCAUGGUUCCGGUUUUUAUCCGUAAGGAGCAGGCUAGAAAGAUUCUGCUGGUUGGGAAAUCUGUCAACUUUCUCACGCAUGUUUGUGACGAUUCGCUUGUUUUCAAGGACCUAGAGGCGAUUCGCAACACACGACUAAAACGAAUUGAGUCCAUCUUUGAUCAAGUGUUCGACAACUCCUUUGAUCGAAUGAUCUCUACCGCCUAUACGCACGUUUCCAAGCACCUUCUCAGAAUCCUAUUCGAUAAAUAUCAUUUCGUCGAUCAUCUGACGGCUUGUCGAAAGUUCCUGCUCUUGGGUCAGGGUGAUUUCAUUCAACGUCUCAUGGAUCUACUGGAGCCGGAACUUGGAUUGCCCGCGGAGAGCAUAAUGCGCCAUCGUCUGAACGAAAUACUGGAGACGGCGAUUCGUGACACUAACGCGCAGUACGAGGACUCGGAAAUUCUUCAACGCUUAAAUGUCGAGAUCCUCGAGACUGCUGAUGGCGACAGCGGUUGGGACAUCUUCUCCCUGGGCUACCAAGUCGACGGUCCCCUUUCCACCAUCUUCACUCCCGACUGCCGUCUUUUCUACCUGAAGGCCUUCAGCUUCCUUUGGCGUCUCAAACGCAUGGAAUUUACGCUGAGUGCACUGUGGCGCGACCAACUUGUGCUCGCGCGUCUGCCCCACGGGCUUUCCGCAGACCUCACACCCAUUCUCCAUGUAGUCCAACUUCUUGGGGCGGAGUUUCGGCACUUUGUCUUGCAAUUCCAAUACUAUGUCAAUUUCGAGGCUCUGGAGUGCGCUUGGGUGGCUUUGGGUGCCAAAAUUCAGUCCGCAAACGAUCUGGACGAGGUCAUUGAGGCUCACAAGGCGUUUCUGAGCAAUGUGAUUUCUCGUUGUCUGCUGGAUCAGAACUCGAGGGAUCUGCGAUACCACUUGAGGGCCAUCUUCGAUGUAAUUGUCAAUUUCUCGCAACUCAAUCAGGACUUGCAGGAUUUGGCUGCAGGUGAACAGGAAAUCAGAUCUCAGUUGCAGGAGGAGAUUGAGGUUUCAGCAAGAACAGGCCAGUGGGGAACAUGCGACACUCCGGAAAGUCGAGAGAUGGCCAGGCGCAAGGUAUUCAUUGAGGCCACUGUCAGUCCGUUGAUCGCACGAAUUCGUGUUCUUGCAUCCAGCUACCGAACCAUGGUUACCGAGUUUAUGAGCAUGUUGCAGAACCACACGGAUCAGAGCCUGCGUCUCCUGGUUCAGAAUCUCAACUUCAAUGUGCACUACAUCGACGGUUUCAUGGAGGCUUGA